AUGAUGACACGAUACCACGUGUAUUUCUUCUGGGAGCAGCUUCCGACAAACCUCAAAUACUCAACGGACUAUAUUGUGACACGUGACAGUGCCGCGCCAGUAAUUGAUGGAACCAAUCGGUGUGGGAUCGCUGCAAAUCAUCGAGAUAUGUGCAAAUUUGAAAGUUUCGAUUCACCUGGCUUCAAGGUGACAAUUGAAACUCUGAAGCGAUCUGUUCGGGCGGCACCGGUUGUUGUGGAGACUCGCUUGCAGGAAAGUGCAAACAUGCUCAACGAAAGACGGAAGAACGAGGCUUUGGAUCUGAUUAAAGACUGCAAGAUUCCUCUUUCCUCUGGCUUUGAGAGAUAUCAAAGUGUCGCUAAGGGCACUUUAGGCUGA